ACUUAAAUCCUUAAUAAGCUGAAGACUUCUAAUUCCUUCCAAUUAUUCAUCUCUUUCUAUACAGAAAUUUUUGAAAAACAACAGGGUGUCUAAGAAUCUUGUGACCAUUGUGAAUAAGUAUACCCUCCACUUAUGGCGUGAGAACAGAGGGCUGCAGAUACCUCACUUCUUGAAACAAGCACCUCUCUCUCUUCGAUUGAGGGUCAUGUCAGCCGCUUACCUGCACCACAUCACCCGGCAUCAUAUCUUUGAAGAAUGUGAGCCUGCUUUUCUCAGACAAAUGGUGGGAUGUUUGAAGUUGUAUACAUAUAACGAAGGGAUGUACGUCGUGAAAGAAAGUGAAAUCACAGAUGCAAUGUACGUGAUACACACUGGUAAGGUGAAGGAGACUUGUGAGGAGGUUAUGGAGGUCAGUGCCAGGGUCUACCCUGCAGGCUCCUACUUCGGAGUUGUAAGUAACAUAGCACUACAAUAUUUCAGGAAACAUGCUUCUCAUUUCUGUAAACAAAGUUGUAUUAAAUUAGUUGCAGGGAUUAUUUCGAAAUACUCCGUACACUCACUCGUAUCAGACGGUGACCAAGUCUCAAGUACUUACUCUGAAACUUGACGACUGGGAGUACCUACUGAAACAUUUUCCAGACAGCAAAAACUCUAUACAUAAACAUAUGAAACAAUUAGGAGACGACGAAACAGAUUACAGUAACUGGCCUGGAGGUCCAAUAACAGAUGCAGGUCCUAAGUAUGAAAUGGACGAAAUGCAACAAGAUACCCCAGACAUGUCGCAGUUUCCUGAUACACAAAGACAUUUCGGUAAAGAUUCUGCCACAGAUGUAAGAAAAGAAGCACCACUUAGCCAUUCAACAGCAGAAAGAAGACACUCUAGAUAUUUUGCUUGGCCAUCUGAUAAUAGGGAACCUGACGCAAUAUCUAUGGCUCAAAAUAUUGAAGACGAAAAUCAAGCUGGACCGCCUGAAAAUCCAAUUAACAAAGAUCCAAGAGCAAAUCUUAAAUCAAUACUGAGAAUAGUAGCUGGCACUGCCAAAAAAUUAAUGGGUAGAGUUUCAGAUCCUGAAUUGACAGCAGCUGGUGAUGAACUUUUACUAGAAGAAGAUGCUGAAGCGACUGAGGCAUUGCUCAAACAAUUUGAAAAAGCUAAAAAACAGGAAAAAGACGUAAUUAAAAGACAAAGAACUCGCAAACAGAGUCUGUUCUUCCAUGCACCAGACGAAACGACAGAAAAACAUUUAGUAACUUUAGAUAUGGGAUCAAUGCAAAAAUUAGAUCAAAGUGAAUCUGACCAUUUGCCGGUAAAACCACUUACUACUAUAGAAAAUUCUAACGCUCUUAGACUAGGUAAAGAAAAAUCUAAAGUCGUUGAUACUGUCUCAAAAGUUGAACUCACAAUAGACAUAGAAGGUGCCUUAGCUGAAAAUGAGACAAAAGAAAAAGCAGCACCAUCGCAAAGCAUACGAGAAUUUUCACGUAUACAAGCUACUCAAGGCACACCCUAUAUUAGUCGAGCAACUACAAGUAAGCAACCUACUCAAGACAAAAUGACCCCUACCAGUCAAAUUCCGAAAGACCCUCCGUCUGCACGUAAACUCAAUGUACCUAGUCCACUUUCUUAUCCUGAACAAAGAUCUGACCAAAAGUCAACACAACCAGAUAAAGAAAAAGCUCUCGAUAGUUUGGCUAUCAAAGAUAAAACAAAGUCAAUUGCACCUAUGGCUGACACUUCCCCUCCUAUAAGUUCAAAGGCACCUCUUGGAGAUGCUAGAGAGGAACAAUUACUUGGAACAUCAAAGUCGAAAGAUGUUAUUCUAAAAUCUGCGACAGGUCCUACUCCUACAUUUAUAGCACUGAAAGAACCUUCUAAAUCAGAUGAGUCUCGCUUGGAACGUAGUACGAAGUCUAAAAUUAUGUCCAUACCUGUAAUCAUGUCUAGUUCACCUGCCCCAGAUAGUACUAAUGUUCACCGACGAGAAGAGGAAGUCCCAAAUAUUGUAGCAGACACUGGUAGUACACGACUCAUCAGCGAGGCUUUGGUUAAUCAACACGAUACAAAGAACCAACCAGCUAGUGAAGCCAUAUCUUCUAAACUUGAUAUGCCUCAAAAUCUUUCUCCCAAAGUUCAAUCUAAAAGAGACCGAGAUGUCGAACAAAAUGCUGAAACUACCUCAAAGAUUGAUACUCCUCGACCUGGACUUGGACGUUGGAGCUCUCAGCCGAUCGAUGAAAUUAAAAAUAUACUAACGCCAUAUCGAGCAUCAGAUGUGGUUUCUGGUCCCUCCAGAUCAAGAAUUUCUGCAUCCCAAAAUCUUAAUACAGAAACAAAAGAUGAAGAUGAAGAUAUUCAAUCUGUUACAGAUACGCAAGAAAUAAAAUUAAGGUCUUCGGCAGGUUUGUCGGCAUCAUAUAUAAAAUCGAAGCCAGUAACUUCCACAGAAACAGUACUGGAAGAUAGUCAAGUUUCUCGGAGCUCUAAGCCUGCUGGGACCACCAGUACUGCGCCCACUCUAGCUACAGCUGCAACUGAACCUGAUACAUCCAAGCCAUACAUACCGAUCACACUUUCUUAUUUACAACCCAAUAUUAACCAAGACAUUCAACGCUCAGGUCAAAAUGCUCAGCCAGUCAAGGACAUAACAAAUAUUUCUGCAAGUAAACCUUCAGAAACUCAAACAUUACGUGAAUCUAAAGCUGAUACUGUAGAUUCAGAAAUUCCCGAGACUAGGCCAGACGAAGAUGAAGCCUCUCUAAUAUCAGGGGCAACAUCUGAGGAACAAUCUAUUAAAACAGUGGACUUAACCAAGCCUUCAACUGUCACAGUAUAUGAGCCAGCACUAACACCUGCGCCUUCCACGGCUAUAGAUAGCAGGACGGUAGAGUCAUCUACAGCAAGAGCAACACGAAAAUCAUUUAUGAAAAAACAAAUAAUUUAUGACCCCAACCGAACAAACUACGACGACGACGACAACGAUGGGACAACAUCUCAAGGUAAAUUAGUUUAUCUUUAGGUAUUUGUUUAACAUAAUUUGUUGAUUUUUUAGCUUUUGUACUGUUUCAUUUUACUUUACAUCAUUAGAUGCAAGGCAUAUUUUAACAACAUGGUGCUAUUAAAAAUAUUGAAACUUGAAAGUCAACACUGAACCUUUGUUUAGCUACGUUGUCUAUCUACGCUUGAUCCUGGUCACAUCAGUCACCGAUAUAUUUGUAUCACUAG